CUUAUUUCACCACGUGAAGCUUUUUCCUGCUUGCACUUGGGCGGUAAAACUGAGCGUAUGUGUAUAUUACGUAUCCUUUAGGUUGGAAAUGACGGCUUUCACAUAUUCACCUCUAACCGGAUAAAACGGCACUGCGAACGACUUUGGAUCACAUCCGGGGGUGCUCUGUUUGGCCGAAUUUGGCCAUCUUUCUCUUAUAAAGAUGGCUGUCCUCUACAGAGCUCACUCCUUCGACUCAUCUCAAUUAUUCUGCGUCGUAUACUAUCUACUAUCAUGUCAAAAAUCGAUACACAUCACCACUUUGUGCCGACGUUCUACGCCCAAGCGGUCGAUAAUGCAGGAGGUGAUCCAUCGGGCUGGCCAACUCCCCAGUGGAGCCCCGAAGCAUCGUUGGCAUCAAUGGAAAGGAAUGGGACCCAGAGAGCCAUACUGUCUCUGACUGCCCCCGGAGCUGUCAUCGCCCCGGACACCAUCAGCAGGCGCAACCUGGCCCGACAAGCCAACGAAUAUGUGGCUGGCUUGCGAGAUGCGAAGCCGGAUCGAUUCGGCUUCUUUGCCGCACUGCCGUGCCUGUUGGACACCGAGGGGACUCUGGAAGAGAUUCGGUACAGCUUAGACGUCCUAAAGGCCGAGGGCGUGACACUGUUUACUCGAUACGGCUCUGGGAACCAUUAUCUUGGCCAUCCAGACUUUCGGCCCAUCUGGGAGGAGCUCAACCAUCGUAAAGCUGUUGUAUUCAUUCACCCUACACACCCCGCCGAUACCAACCGGGUCAACCCCAGUCUGCCUCAACCGGCGAUUGACUAUCCCCACGAAACUACCCGGACAGCCGUUGAUCUCCUCACCACCGGCACCAAGCGGGAAUUUCCCGACUGCAAGGUCAUUCUAUCUCACGCCGGCGGCACUCUUCCUUACCUGAUUGCCCGCUUGACUACGGUCACCAAGUCCCCGGAGGCAACAUACAACCCCUACAAGACUAGUCCAGUUGAUAUGAUUGAAGACUUCAAGUCAUUCUAUUUUGAUCUGGCUCUGUCUAGCUCCCCUGCAGUGUUGAAUCUUUUGUUGAGCCUUGUGCCUCACGAUCAUAUUUUCUACGGAUCGGACUUUCCAUACGCUCCCAACGAGAAAAUCGCUGGGUUCAAGGAGACUUUGGACGAGCAUCCACUGGACCAAGAAUUGAGAGAUCAAAUCUACUUUAAGAAUGCCCAGGUACUGCUCUCUCGUCUUUGAACGACGCACUUGCCGGUCUUCAUUAGUGAAGAAAUGAAUGGGAUAUACGAAACCACACUUUUGGUAGCAUGAAAAAUAUAUCUAGC